CUGCGCGCUCCUAAUAACCGGUCCGCUCAUCUCCAGUCUUCUGCCUUUUCGGGGUGCCCACAGUUGCAUUAAUUCUAAUGCUCUGAAAAUGGCAUCGCCGAAGGGCCAAAGCCGUGUUGAUUCCCGGCGUAAAAAGACGACCAACCGCUUACAGAAGUUCAAGGAAAAAUACCUUAGCUGGAAGUAUGCUCGAUAUUUGGCUCUCGAUCCGUCGGCUCUGCCGAUUGUUGCUCUGCUGAUUGUUUUGGCUGAGGCGGUGAUCAACGUAUUGGUUAUUCAGCAUGUGCCCUACACCGAGAUCGAUUGGGUGGCUUAUAUGCAGGAAUGUGAAGGCUUUCUGAACGGCACCACAAAUUAUGCGCUGUUGCGAGGUGACACCGGCCCGUUGGUCUAUCCGGCUGCCUUUGUUUACAUAUACUCUGCACUCUACUACCUGACCGCCCACGGCAGCAACGUGCGCCUGGCCCAGUACAUAUACAUCGGCAUCUACUUGCUACAAAUGUGCCUCGCUCUGCGGCUUUAUGCCAAGAGUCGCAAGGUGCCGCCUUAUAUGUUGGUGCUGACCGCCUUUACGUCGUAUCGCAUACACUCGAUCUAUGUGCUGCGCCUCUUCAACGAUCCCGUGGCUGUGCUGCUGCUAUACGCAUCGCUCAAUCUCUUCAUGGAUAGCCGCUGGUUAUGGGGCACCAUAUUCUAUAGUCUCGCUGUAGGCGUUAAGAUGAACAUUUUGCUCUUUGCGCCGGCGCUGCUGCUGUUCUACCUGGCCAACCUGGGCGUGCUUUUGACUAUAGUGCACCUCUUCAUAUGCGGACUAAUCCAGGUAGUGAUAGCUUAUCCCUUUCUGCGCACCCAUCCGGUGGAGUAUCUGACCGGGAGCUUCGACCUGGGACGCAUCUUCGAGCACAAGUGGACGGUGAACUAUAGGUUCCUGAGUCGGGAGCUGUUCGAGCAGCGCGAGUUUCAUUUGGCGCUACUGGGACUGCACCUGCUAUUGCUCCUGGCCUUUGCCAAGUACACCUGGACGUUCUUCAAGAGCUACGUGCACCUGCGCGAGGUGCAGCAGAUUAUAUUGCCCCAACUGAUGCUGAAGAAUCGUGAGGAGAAAGAGAAAGCGAAGGCUGCUAAGAAAAAAUCCCAUCAUAAGAGCAAAUCGAAGAAGUCCCAGCAGCAGGAGCAAGCGCAGGAGUUGGAGCCGGGCAACAAGGAGGAGGAUGAGGAGGAGUUAACGGCGGAGCAAAAGUCCUUCCUGAAGUCAUUCGAAAAGGGAUUGCAGAACGCCACCGGGCAAAAGCGACCCCCUGCCCCAGUCAAGGAGCCCAAGCGGAAGCCCUACGAAAUCUCCUUCGAGCACUGCACCCAGUUGGCUCUGCUGCCCUUCUUCCUUUGCAACUUCAUCGGCGUCGUCUGCGCCCGCUCGCUGCAUUAUCAGUUCUAUGUUUGGUACUUUCACUCGCUGCCCUACCUGGUCUGGUCCACGCCGUACUCGGUGGGCGUACGGUUCCUAAUCCUGGGCGGCAUCGAGUAUAGCUUCAAUACCUAUCCGAGCACCAACCUCUCCAGCAUCGUUCUGCACGUGAGCCACCUGGUGUUGCUGGUGGGCGUUGCACGUCAUAUCCGCCAUAUCAUAAAGCUAAAUACGCUUGUCAAGCAGAAGCGUCAGCUGGAGCAGCAGCAGCAACUGGAGCGCGAGGAGGAGAGGAAGCAAGUACAGCUAACGAAUGAUGACCCAAAGAUCACAAAGAAAUUGCAAUAGACGACAAGCUCUUAA